UUCUCCGAGCUCCACUCACCGGAUCCAGCUGUCAGUCAGCGACUCUCCGCUCGGACGCUGUCAGACUGGAUGUGGCACACGGCGGAGGAGGGCCCCGGUGCCGAUAAAUACGCGACCAGGACGCCGCUGGAUGGAGGCGGACCUCCGGCGAUCAACAGAUCCGCAACUCCGCUGUCCAGCAGGAGGAAGAUGAGGGAGCAGAGAGGCGCCGGAGCCAGCUGGCACAUGUGAGACGCUCAGAGUCACCGAUUCGAGCCCGUCACAGAGAAAUGACCGAAGCAGCUCCGAGGAUCCGGGUCUAAUCAGCCGAUACAAGUGUUCUUGGCACCGGCGCCGGUUCGGUUUGUGCCAAAAUGACCAGACUAUUGUCUCGCUGCAUCUCCACUGUAACGGAAUGGGCCCGCAGGAAUUUUGGCACCGGUUUUACGCAGCAGACCACAUAGUUUAAUCGACGUAGCUCGACCGAGGACAGAGCAGCGCGGCUGACAUGGACAAAGAGGCUCCGUGGUGAUGCUCUGAGACCCGAACCGAAGCGCAGCAGCUUCACGUUCUGCUGGUUCCUCCCGACACGCGUUUUCAAGUUUGGACCUCACCAAGUCCAAAACGAGCCUCCCUUCCCGAGAACCAGGAUCAUCUUACAUCUUAAAGCAUCUUCACAGACUCGCAUAGCGAGUCUGUGAGCAGGUGAGAGAGGGACACUGUCUGCCCCACUGUCCAGCGACACCAUGAGCUGGAGCUUCCUCACGCGGCUGCUGGAGGAGAUCCACAACCACUCCACCUUCGUGGGGAAGCUGUGGCUCACCGUGCUCAUCGUCUUCCGCAUCGUUCUCACCGCUGUCGGGGGAGAGUCCAUCUACUACGACGAGCAGAGCAAGUUUGUCUGCAACUCGGGCCAACCGGGCUGCGAGAAUGUCUGCUACGACGCCUUCGCCCCACUAUCCCACGUUCGCUUCUGGGUCUUCCAGAUCAUCCUGGUGGCAAUGCCUUCCCUCAUGUACAUGGGCUACGCCGUCAACAAGAUUGCACGAUUAGAUGAAGCCAAAGGAGGAGCUGGAGCUGCUGCAGUUAGAACUGGAGGAGGAGGAGGAUACACGCACAGAAAACCCAGAAAAAUCUGCUUCGGAGCAAGGCAGCAUCGAGGCAUCGAGGAGACCGAGGAGGACCAGGAGGACGAUCCGAUGAUCUAUGAGGUGCCGGAGAUCGAGCCUCCAAAAAGGCCAAGGGAUCCUCUGCAGCCGACACCUAGACCCAAGAUCCGUCACGAUGGGCGUAAGCGAAUCCAGGACGAAGGGCUGAUGAGGGUCUACGUCUUGCAGCUGGUGACCCGAACAAUACUAGAAGCAGGGUUCCUCGCAGGACAGUAUUUGCUGUAUGGUUUCCGUGUGAUGCCAGUGUUCAUCUGCUCGGGGAAACCUUGUCCCCACAGCGUCGACUGCUUUGUGUCGAGGCCAACUGAGAAAACCAUCUUCCUGCGCAUCAUGUACGGCGUCACCGUUCUUUGCCUCACGCUAAACAUCUGGGAGAUGCUCCAUUUGGGCAUCGGAUCCAUCUGUGACAUUCUCCGCCGCCGCCGCUGCCCGCCUCAGGAAGAUGAGUACCAGUUGGGCUUGCUGGGCAACAACGGUGGUGUGGAGGGCUCCGUGGGGGGGACCGGGCCUGAAGCCGGCUCCGAAGGAGGGGUGGGUGGGGAUGGUGCCGCAGAUUACGUCGGUUACCCCUUCUCCUGGAACACCCCAUCAGCUCCGCCCGGUUACAACAUCGUGGUGAAGCCGGAGCAGAUGCCCUACACCGACCUCAGCAAUGCCAAGAUGGCGUGCAAGCAGAACCGGGCGAACAUCGCGCAGGAGGAGCAGCAGCAGUUUGGCAGCAAUGAGGACAAUUUCCCCACUGGAGGGGAGGCCCGAGUGGCGCUGAACAAAGACAUGAUCCAGCAGGCGCACGAGCAGCUGGAGGCAGCCAUCCAGGCCUACAGCCAGCAGCACCGGGCCGAGGAGCAGCUCGGGGACAACCAGGACGACAAGCCACAAAGUAACAUCAUCCAGGCCCAACCGCAGCCCCAACCGCAGCCUCAGAAGGAGCGCAAGCAUCGGUUCAAGCACGGUAAAGGAGGCAGCAGUGGAGGAGGCAGCAGCAGCAACAGCAGCAGCAGCAAGUCUGGAGAGGGGAAGCCGUCGGUAUGGAUUUAACCCCAGAAACAGUGAAAUGAACUGUAUAUACAUUAGACUGGAUGAUGAGAUGUUGCAAUCUUUUCUCGGAUAUUUAAACACCCCUGUGCCUUAAAGAAUCCUGCAAGCUGGAGAAAGAUGUGUGUUUGUGUCAAAAAACAAACAAAAAACAUGAAAUUGUGAUAUUGCAGCUGACAAGUAGUUUUGUCUGGGCUAUCACCGUGUAACUUGAAACAUCACACCAACACAAACUGCGUCUGUCGUUUACAUGUCUCCUCGAGUCACAUUAUUGACCUCCGUCAUCUUCCUGUUCGUCCUGUCUUAGGGGGAUUUCAGCUUUGGAAGAUCGUAAUGAGUUCUCUCGCAAAUUACAUAGAUCCCAGAUACGGCUUAGCUCGCUGCCCGAAAUCGCCACAACGCCGGGUGCCGGUGUUCCGGCAAGAUAAAGCAACGACUUCACACUGUUAGGACACAAUAAAAGGAAUUAAAUGCAAUAAAACGAAUCACAAACGCAGCAAAGGGCAUCACCUUCCUGAAGGCUGCAUCCUGUCAGUUAUGAUGGUCCUCUUAUUCUGCUGUGACUUUGCAUUGUGUUUGUAUGUUUUUUUUGUUGUUUUUUGUUUUUACUCCAGCUGCUGCUCAGGAACCAGAUGAGUACAGCAGGUUUAUAUCAACAACAACAACAACAACAAAAAAGACAAAAAAGGUGCAUCCAGUUUUUAUACCUUGUUACUCAACGUCUCAGUUUUCUCUCUGUGGCUUUGAACAAGGCGACUUCACUGUCUGCCUUGUAGUAGACUGCCCCCUGGUGGUAACUUCUGCAGGGGCUUCACUUUACAAUAGGGGGAGUAGAUAGAUUCCAGUUGCCAAAUGCUACCUGCAUCCAGCAACACCUUAACCAGCUGUUAGUGUGUCACAUACGUCUUCCCAGUUCAGUGUUUAGAUGCACAAGGCUGCAAAAUCACAGCGUCGUAAUGGGAAAAGGUUCAAAGCCAUUACUCUAGCAUAGUGAGACCAAACACUGUUUGUGUGAUGCAAGCGUCAGUGCCAAGACUUUCUGCUGGGCUGCUAUGAAGCCUGGUUGUUUGUAGCUUUGGAAUACUGUGGCCAUGCUACUCCAGUUGUGCAAAUAUGCCUACGUGAGACCAACCCUUUUGUAAAAGUCACUUGUUCUUUUUUUUUUUUGUAUUACAGUGUGUGUAUUGCUUUUUUGGAACAGGAUUUAAAAUCUCCAGUCGAUUUUCAUGUUCGAGCCAGUGGGUUUUUUUUUUAUAUGAAAACACUUUUUAAAGUUUUUUGUAAAAUAAAGUUCCAAAAAAGAAGCAAGAUCUUUUAAAGACGAAUUAGCUGUAGGAAUAUUCAUGGUUAUUGUGAUUUGAAUUGCCUUCCGAUUGUAAAAAAUGUGAAAUAUGACAUAGUAUAUUUUUAUAAUAUGUCAGUUGCGGUGACUUAAUGAUGUGAAAAAGAAAAAAAGUCAGUCUUUUCCUUGUAUGUUGCAGUGUUAGUAUUUAAUGUAUGUAUGUAGCAGUCCUCUGGGCUGUAUUUUACUAAACAGUGUUACUCCUUUUUCCGACGUUGUGCUGAGAUCUGCUGAACAGCUGCGUGUGGAGACGAUGGAAAGUGCUGGCAAAACGACGUAAAGUGCCAAAUUGUUCAAACCAUUCCAAGCUGUCCAGGACUGGAGCUUUCCAAAUAAGCUGCCACUGCUUUGUCAUUUCCUGAUGGCACAUUUGGAAAGCGGAACAAAUCCGAAAAACCGACACAUUCUGUUCCUGAUUUAACAAAUCUGUGCUGAAACAUUUGAAUCUUUCUCUGCAGAAGAACAGAAGAACAAAACAUCCCCGUCGAAGUUGUGAGGCUGUACAAUGUGGCACGGCUUCCUUUACAUUCCUUUACAUGUGCACUGUAAAAAAAAAAAGUAAAAAUAUGGUAUUAUUCCAGCAACUGGGGCACCGAAAAUUACAGUAAAAUAAUAUUAUAGUAAUUUCAAUGAUUAAUAAUACAUGUUCAAGCCUUAAUUAGUAUUUUUUAAGUUUAAUAAGCAGUAUUAAUAUGUGUAAAAUCAAUGAAAAUAACCUAUAAUAUAUAAUAAUAAUGCAUAUAUGAAGAAAACUAUAUAGAAUUACUGAAAAAAUACCCUUUCCCUGUAAAUUGUCACUAAUUCUGUCUAAUUUUAGAAAUACAUUUACAGUAUUAAACUCAAAUUUAACAGCUUUGGCUAUGAAAUAAAAAUAGUUUUUUUAAAAAGUCAAUUUAUGAUAAAUUUGUCUUUUUAGAUAAAAAAUUAAAAAUAGCAGCAAAUACAUUUAAAAGAGUAAUGUCUCAUGUGAGGGAAAAGUAAUAUAAAGUAAAUAAAAUAAUGUAUGAUAAAUAAAUAAAAUUACAGAUGAAAUUGUGUCUGACUUAAGAAAUAUAAUCACAGCAUUGAACUCAGAUUUUAAUAUUUUAUUCAUUAAAUAAAAAUUAAAAUAUUGCAAAGAUAUGAUAAAUUUGCAAUUGUAUUUUAACAGCCUUUUUAAUCUAAAAACAACAGUUGUUGUUUUUUAUUGGAAAUUUUAUGGUUGUUCACAAUUACUUAUUUUUACUGUUAUUUUGCAUUAGACAUGCAAAUUCACAGUCAUUUUUUUCAGUUUUAUUUAUUUAGCAUAUUUUAUAUAACAUUUAAUAUAAUAUAUUUUAAAAUGUUAUUUUAAAAAAAAUACAGCCUUCAUUAUAAUUUGAAAUGUUUCAUAUAUUAAAUUUGUCUUUUUGGUUAAAAAAAUCAGUUCUCUUAAAAAGAUUUUUUUUGCAUAUUCAAAAGUGACAGGUUUUAAUGUUAUUUUAUGUCAGAUAUGAUGUAAAAAUUACCCUUUUUCUACAUUUUAGACAACAUGGUUAGAUAUUUGUAAAUCAAUCUGCUAAUUGACAAAAAAAACAAAUCUGUAUAAAAUUACAGAACCAGCAAUUUUAGAAUAUAUUCACAGUAUUAAACUCUAAUUUAACAGUUUCACCUGUUAAAUAAAAUGAAAAUAUAUAUGAAAUCACAAUACAUUUGCAACCUUUUUAUAUUUCUUUUUUAAAAAUUGAAUUUUAUUUAAAGCUAGCAUUAGACGUGUACAUUCACAGUCCAUUUUUUCUCAUUUUAUUAAUUUUUCAGUGUUUUUCAAAAACUGAAAAAUUCCAUACAUUUAGAGUUUUUUUUUUUCUUUUUACAGUGUAUAUGUAUUGUGCAUGAACAGGAACACUCCCUCUGGUCGGUUUGUUCAUCGCUGGGCUCCACAUGUCUGUUGAACAACCUCAGCCAGCUUCACACAGACAUAAAUCACCACAAGUAGUUCAGUCUGAGCAGCGACUUACAGCGACUCUGAUCCCAAAGAGCUGCAGGUGAUUUACUGAGAGUUUCCCAAUCACUGCCAGUCAACCCUCAUUAAAUUCUCCCCAGUAAGCAAAGUUACCCAACUAAACUAUUUCAAGAGAAGCAAACAGACGUCAGUAUAAAUGGAUUGCAGGCAGCCGGUGAUGCACAGAUGCUCCAGCUGGGGCCACAAGAGGGCGACUUUCUGUUAAAGAACGGAACUAAGAAGUGCGUUUUGGGGUCAUUGCCAUGAGGGGACUGAAAGACCCCAUCUGCUCCUGUCUGCAUGACUGGCAGCUUGGCCUUACAUCUUCAAACCCAAUCUAGGCUGCUGUUUUUAGGAGAAAGUUUUAGGAAUCUGGGCAGCUAUCCAGGUCAGGAGAAUUGGCCCGUAGCACGGUUUUGUGUCUGUCUCUGCCCUGCUUUCUGUUCUCUAUUGAGCGACUGACAAAGGAAGGGAACAAGCAAAAUAGCUUUUACGACUGCUUUUAUUAGGCCCCUCUGCGUUUUGUCGCCGUCUUGUGAGAACCACGUGUCUCCAAAAAAAGUUUGGGCUUUUUAAAGAAGCACCUGAAGGAUGUGGGUCAAACCGAGGUGCCUGUAGUCACAUAUAAAUCUGUCAACACACGUUUUGAGCUUUUGCAUUUGCAAGAAACGAAAGAGGGUGGGGUACUGCAGGUUUUAGCUCCACGUCUGUGCUGGUUUCUAACGGAAUCGUUCAUUAUUUGUGCAUGCUGCUGCAAAUUCCACAUAUAAGCUUCAAAUCUUUUUGAUUUUUAAACUUUUCGUCAACACUUUUGCUCAUUAUUUGCACGUCCAUUUGCAUGUUAAGUGGAAAAUUUCUCAACACAAAGCAAACAUUCAAGUUUUAGCUGCAUGUCUGUCCUAGUUUUGAACAGGGAUCAUCAGUUUUUAUGCUGCAAAUUCCAUGAAUACACUUCCAUCCGUUUACAUUUUUUAACAGCUUCAACACCUUUGCUCAUUGUUUGCACCAAUGUUUGCAUAUUAGGUGGAAAAUUUCUCAACCCAUAGCAAACAUUCAAGCGUUAGCUACAUGUCUGUGCUGGUUUCUAACAGGAAUCUCUAUUAUUUGUGUAAGCAGCAGUCUGCAGGUCUUACCUGCAUGUCUGUCCUGGUUUUGAACAGGAGUCUUUCAUUUUUAUGCAAACUGCUGCAAAUCCCAUGAAUACGCUUCAAUUCAUUUGGAUUUUUUUUUUUUUAUAUUUUCGGCCCUUUUGCUGAAUGUUUGCACCAAUAUUUGGGUAUAAGGAAGAACAUUUCUCAACAUGUAAGUGUGCUGUAUGUUUUAGCUUCAUGUCUGUAAUGGUUUUGAACAGGAAUCUGUAUUAUUUGCAUAAGUUGCUGCAAUUUCCACAGAUAUCCUUCAAUUCUUUUUGAUAUAUUUUUUCUUUUUCCAUUUUCUGCAGUUUUGCUAAACGUUUGCACCACCAAGGUUUGCAUAUUAGGUAGAAAAUGUCAAAAACAAAAUAGUCCUGCAGGUUUUAGCUGAAUGUCUGUGCUGGUUUCUAACAGAAUUUUUCAUUAUUGUGCACGAUGGUGCAAAUUCCACAAAAUACGCUUCCAUCCUUUUAUGAUUUUUUAACCAUUUUUCAACCUUUUUUCACCAGCGAUUGCAUAUUAGGUUGAAAUUUCCUCAAUCCAUAACAAACAUUUGUGUUUUAUCUGCAUGUCUGUCCCGGUUUCUAACAGGAAACCUUCAAUAUUUGCAUAAGUUGCUGCAAAUUCCAUGAACAAGCUUCAAUUCUUUUGGCCUUUUUAAACAAUUUUUGGCACUUUUGCUCAACGUUUGCACCAAACUUGGAGACAUGUUUCAUUUGACGGAGACAAAAUGCAUCUGAGCACAUCUUCGGGUGGAGACCCACUUAGGAGCUGAAAGCCAUUUAAUUCUCCACUGAACUCGGCAGCUUAAAGAAUUAUGAGUUAGGUGUGAGGCAACAGCAGGAUUAGCGUUAUCGGCACUUAAGGGUGGAGUGAUGCUUAGAAAGACAAUUAUUCCUUUGUGAUUUAUCUCUGUACUGUACAUUAACACAGUGGGAGAAUGAAAACCGGUUGUAGCAGAUGAAAUCUUUUGUGGGUCUAUUCAUCAGGGAUUCCACAAUUUCCAUCCUCAGCAUCUGUCUGUCCACUUAGAAGAAGGAAUAGUGAGGCCGUAUUGUUCCCCUACAUGUUUCUUAUAGUCGCCCGUGUGGGACGUGACAAUAAAACCAGUGAUAUUACCAAUACAAACUCUGAUUCAUACAUGCAUUUGUGUGUUUGUGUGUUUUUCUAUGCCUUUUUGUAAAAUGUACGUUUCUUUGAGUGCCAUUCUGGUAUCCCCUGGCAAAGAUUUUUUUCAUAUUCUUUGAUGAAUACAUUUGCAUGUGAAAAAGGGCCUAUUUUCCUACAAAAAAAUAAAUCAAAAAUGCAUAUUGAC